AUGAUGUCUGGUAUCCUGGGCGAAGUUGGGACGCCUUGUCCAUCCAGAUCCAGUAAUGGACACGACACUUUCGACAGGUUAUGGCGAGAUGGGCUUGAUGCUUGCGACGAUACCGCUAACCUCGACUUCACAACCGAAAUCAAAGCACCUGUUCUUACACAAGCGAAACCUAAGCGGAGGACCGGGGCAGUUUCGUCUUUUCAGAUCCAUGAUGAUAGUGGCGAACGCCCAGCCCCAUCGAUUAACAGGCCAAGAACAAUGCUGGGUGCCUCCAACUGCAAAUCCUCCUUGCUUACCCAGCCUGCACAGAGGUUUCGACCGAAAGUUAGUUUCGCCACGACUCCAUCAUCUACGAACCCGCAUCAUCUGGGACGGUCUGAUUCUCAAAACAAAAGCGCAGAGGCGGACGCGAUGAAGGACAACAAGAAGCUGCUCAUGCAGAUCAACGGGAAGGAGCGAGGCCUGGAGCAAGACGCUGCCUUGAAAAAAGAUGUCCGUCGUGAAACCGUCUACAUACCUACUGAGGAUACGACCGUCGCGAGCGUGUUCAUGGGUCUGUUUAGCCCACUGAAAUCGCAGACGACAAAUACUAUCAAUUGUCAAAUCCCCAAAGACCCCGAGAUCGAUAGCUUGGAGGCGCGCAUCGCGAGAAGAAGACAUGCGAAGAAAACGAUGGCAGGCUCUGCACGGAAGACACCAUUGCAACCAAGCAACAAUAUUGCCCAAGAAGGUGCUAUUCGAGUUGAUAUUGCCGGGAAGAAUGGUGGAAAAGAGAACACUCCGCCUGGAUCUGUUCUCGUCGAUGGCAAGGACAAGAGCUCUAAGCGUGAUAUGCCUGUGUUUGAGCCACCAAAGUCAAAAGCAGUUGGCAACAUCUUGAAAUCUGGAGGGAACCGAGCAGAUGGCCUAUGUACAGCGACUCGGCCCAGGCCUCGAACGAGGGCAGCGCUGGGUGACAAGAGCAACACGAGCCCAGCUGCAGUCAACAAGAGUCAGGGAAAGGACAUUGUCAAGCCAAAACCGGCAGACCAGGAGCGCACCCGGUCUGAUGCGUUGAAACAAACCACGUCGAACUUUCUCAAUCGGCCCAAGAACACGAUGCCUCUCAAGCUUGCUGUAUCAAGCAUCAAAGCGAAGAAAAUAGAUGAGCAGUUCCCACUACUAACAGAAAACAUUUCUAACCCAGCAUUAUACGAAGAUAGCUGGCUGGCGCAUCAAGAGGUAGUCAUAACUCAAUCGCUUAAUGAACUGUUCGAACAAACGGAUGGCCACGCAAGUUCCGAUGACCCUGCUACUCUCCGACGCGAGCUUCUCGGUCACUACCAGAAUGACCCAUUUACACUGCUCUACAGACGAGUCCAGGCGUCGCUAAUGAGUGGUGCCAUGAGCAUCCCCAAAAACGUUCUCGCACGAGAGUCGCGAUUGAGAAAGGAUCUCGGUUUGAAGCGGAGAUUUCUGGAUACUUGGACGAAGACCUAUGAUUUGCGGGCUUUGCGGGCUGCGCUGGAGACUGUUAUUGGUCGGAGAAUUGCCAACGAUGACGAUGACGGGCAUCUAUACACGACGACAGGCAAAGGAAACAUCUUGAAGAAGCGAAUAGAGAGCUUUCUGGAAGCUUUCCUGCUGCGCAAUGAGGAAAUGGUGCAGCGAGCGGAGACGCCGGGCAAAGAAGCGGACGCGGCCGGCCGCGCAUAUCGCCGCACGACCCUUCGCAGCAUCAUGAUCAUUGUCCUGCUGGACAAGGCUAGGAUGUGCUCCGGCACGACCCUUCCUCGCCGUCUGUUUGUAACGUCAUCGCCGUUGAAGUCUUCCGCUGCGGUGCUUCAGGCCCUGGCGCGUUUGUUAUUACCGACAUCAGGCGACAUUAUUAAAUCGCUCGGGCACCUAGAUUGCCAAGUGUCUUACGAGCAGCAGCAAAUCGAAGAAUAUGAUUACCACAUCAGGAACCUCGCCGUAGACGUGAGAGACGGUGUGAGGUUAACCCGAAUUGCCGAGCUGUUACUCAACUGUUAUGGCCACUUCGAUGGAGAACCAACCACAACUGUGACGUUGCCAGAUGAAGGGGCCUUUUCGCAUUUGAAUGAGGAGCAAUGGUCACUGUUGCCACACCUGAAGCUUCCGUGUACGAGCCGAGUGGUUAAACUGUACAAUGUGCAGGUUGCGCUUAACGCAUUGGCAUCCAACAACGGAACUAAUGUGCUAAUCCAUGAUGUAGCUGCAGAGGACAUUGUCGACGGUCAUCGGGAGAAGACCAUUGCGUUGCUUUGGAGACUGGUCAGCAAAUGGGGACUUCCCGGAUUGGUGGACUGGAAAGAUGUCCGACAAGAGAUUGGGCGACUCAAGCGGAAAGCUAUUUCACGAUUCGGGUACGAACAGGCUACAGACGCUGAAUUAGACGAGCCAAGUGAUGAAUAUGUGCUGCUGCUGAAGCAAUGGGUGUCUCUCUUGGCGCAGCUCAAAGGCGUUCACAUGGAUAACUUCAGUACAAGCUUUGCGGAUGGCCGGAUCUACGAAGGCAUUCUCGAUGAGUACCAGGGCUAUAUACUCGGCAAAGACGCUGAAUACAGCGGAGGUGAUACAAUGGCCUCUCGUCUUCGGGCUCUGGGGUGCAGCUCACAAUUCGCGACCUUGGUAACACCAACCUCCACCGCAACAUCGCCAAUUGUCAACAGUGACUUCACGCUCAGUGCAGUCGCAUUCCUCUGCUCACGACUACUGUCCGCCUCCAAAGGAGCCCGGGCGGCUACUGUUGUACAGUAA